CAUUAAAAUUUAAAAACAAAGUUGGUUUCUGUUCCCAAGUUCCCAACUCGCCAACUCCCAUGAACUGAAUGGGAUACAUAUAAAUAAUAUUACCUAUAAAGAAUAUAUUAAUAACUUUUCAACAAACAUGAAUACGGUAAAAAGAAUUGGAUUGAUGCAUAAACAAUUUACACAGCAGUUGCCUCGAGUGUCACCAAUAUUAAUGCAAAAUCGUUUCUACUCAAGACCUACAAGUUUCCCAGACUAUUUUCAAAAUCCAAUUUUUAGAAAGGAAGACCAAGCACGCCUUAUUGAAAAUAAUGAACUUAGCAAAAUAGCAGCCAUACCUGUGAAGCCACCAAGUGUGGCUGAGACUUCCUCUGUCUAUUUUGAUCCAUUGGUUAAUAAAGUCAUUAAUCAUGUCAUGAAAAUGGGCAAUAAGCAGUUAGCUAGAACCCUUGUUGAGAAGUCAUUUGAAAAUAUAAAAAGGAUACAGAUUGAAAGGUACCAUCUAGCAAAAACACCUGAAGAAAAGGCUAAAAUAGUACUGGAUCCUAAAGAAAUACUUCAUAGGGCAGUUGAAAAUUCAAAACCUUUACUUCAAUUGCUCCCUAUUAAAAGGGGAGGUAUUACUUACCAGGUGCCUGGCCCAAUAACAGAUAAGAGAUCUUUGUUCCUGGCCAUCAAAUGGUUGUUAGAAGCUACAAAUGACAAAGAAAGAACAAUUCACUUUCCGGAACAGUUUGCAUGGGAGUUAUUAGAUGCUGCAAAUAAUUCUGGCAAAGUUGUUAAAAGAAAACAAGAUCUACACAGGCUGUGUGAGGCAAACAGAGCUUACGCUCAUUAUAGAUGGCAAUAGAUUAUUAUUAGUAUAUAUUAUAGGUUUAUAAAGUUGUAGUAAGACUUGUAUAUUAAAAUAAAUUAUGAUUAUAGUA